AAAUGAGUUUGGUAGGUCGUAUUUUCAAAAUUUGAAACUCAUUUUGUGUCCACAACCAAAAAAAAUCAUAUCGAAUAUCUCAAAACUUCAAAGUUUAUAUCUAUUUUUUUUUUCUCUCAAACUAAAUCAAGAAAAAAAAGAAAAAAUGGGGGUUCUUGAUCACGUCUCUGAAUACUUUGAUUGCUCCUCCCAUGGUAGCUCCAAGAGACACAAAAGUCUACAGACGGUGGAUGUGAGGGUUUUGAUAGACUGUGAAGGAUGUGAGAGGAAAGUGAGAAGAGCCUUAGAAGGAAUGAAAGGAGUGAGAGAUGUAACAAUAGAGCCUAAUGCUCAGAAAGUGACUGUGGUUGGUUACGUGGAGCCAAACAGAGUGGUGGCUCGGAUCAUUCACCGCACCGGUAAAAGAGCUGAGCUAUACCCUUUCGUUCCUUACGACGUUGUGGCUCACCCUUACGCGUCUGGUGUCUACGAUAAUAGAGCUCCCGUUGGUUACGUUAGGAACACUGAAUAUGAUCCACAUGGGUCGCGGCUCGCACGUGCUAGCUCCACUGAAGUUCGUUAUACUACGGCGUUUAGUGACGAGAACGCCUCCGGUUGUGUGAUUAUGUGAUUUAAUUUGUGUGUUCAUUUUUUGUGCUGAUGUGUUUCUGAGAAUUGAAUUUUGUUUGUUUGUUCAUGAUGGUAUGUAAUGUUUAAGAUCAAAUUAAAAUGUAAACUGUAUGGUGAUGAAUAAGGUAUGCAUUUUAUC